GUGUAGAGCAAGAGAAAAGGCAGUGCAAUAACGAAAAGUAGGAGUGAGUGUUAAUACGUUUUUAUUCAAUAACGCUCAAUCAAAUGGUUGGCAACAACUGGGUAAGCGGGCGGUGGGUGUCUAACAUCGUGGCCAGGCACGCAACCCGACUGUAACGACUUUUCAGUUAAAACUACCGCGAGGCCCGACCAUACCGCGUCAAGACCUUUGCCUCCGUCGAAAAAGAAAACAAAAAAAAAUAGGAACGCGCGCACACUGGCCGGUUGUGAAGUGAUUGAUAUCUGUCAUAGACAAAACCACUGUCUAUGAUAUCUGUGUUCGUUUUUUGAAACUGUUGGACGUUCGGACUUGCAGCUGCAAUGGAAGGUUUGGCGUGCUCGACAUUCCGAACUUGAUGGCGUAACUCGGUGGUGAUGCCCGCCGCGGCCGCCCCCGCGCCCCCGCCCCGCCCCGGCCGCCCCGAUGAUGAUGCUACCUUAUUCCUGGCAGACCACACUCAUUUUCUUUAUAUGGUUGUGCGAUGACGUAGUGUCUAAAAGGAAUCAUACACUUAAGCCUAGAGUAGUGUUACCAGAAAGUUAUGUAAAAGAAAUGCGCCCUCCAGCUAGAAAAGGCCAACCAGUAAUGGUAGAAUUUAGUAUUUACGUGGUAGAUGUCAAUUCUAUUAACGUUGAAGACAUGGACUUCAGGUGACAUUUUUAUUUUUUUUAUUGGAGUAGACAUGUUCAUCAGACAGACUUGGAGAGAGACGAGACUACAACUUCCAGAAGACAUCUUCGAGGAGGGCGACGACCACGUCACCCUGCCGCCAGAGUUCUUCGACAAUCUAUGGCACCCUGACCCUUAUUUCCUAAACUCUAAGGUCACUGCUUUACUGGACCGUUUUGAAAUUGCAGAGCUGACGCACAAAUUUUCUUCGGUCACAUUGUACAGAAACCAGACGGUGCGGUACGCGGCCCGCAUGCACGCCAUCAUCGCCUGCCAGAUGGAGUUCCAACUCUAUCCCAUGGACAUACAGUCCUGUCCCAUCUACAUUGAGAGCUUCUCGUACAGUAACCAGAAGGUGCGUUUCCGCUGGAGUGAGGCCGGCGUGACCAUCAACCCGGAGCUGAAGCUGCUGCAGUACCACAUCGGGGAGCCGCUUCGGCUCGAGGAGACCAAUGGAUACAUGAUCGAUAAGGACGCUUACGUUACAGGCAACUACUCGCGGCUGGUGGUGUACUUCCGCUUCGAGCGGCAGAUCGGCCACCACCUCAUCCAGACCUUCGCGCCCUCCUCGCUCGUGGUGAUGCUGUCGUGGUUCAGCUUCUGGCUGGACCUGGACGCGAUCCCGGGCCGGGUCACGCUGCUGGUGACCUGCAUGCUCACGCUGGUCACCAUGUUCACUGGACUCCGGGCUGAUAUUCCACCCGUCGCCUAUGUCAAGGCGCUGGACCUGUGGAUGGCGGGCUGCAUGAUGUUCGUGUUCGCGGCGCUGGCCGAGUUCGUGGUGGUGAAGGUGCUGGACAAGCAGUACCAGCUCAACAAGACCCGCGCCCAGGACAGCCUGCCCAGGAUCAUCCCCGUGAGGAUAAACGGCGAGAAGGGCUCGUGCGGCACAGUCGCUGCCUGGGAGGGGGGCGGCGUGCGGUGCCGCAAGCUGGACAUGGCGUCGCCGACCUCGCCCCCCGCGCCCGCCGCGCACCCCGCGCACCCCGUGCACCCCGCCCCCGCCGCCGCCUCGCCGCCGCACCCACACAUCGUUGGCGUUGAGCGACGACAGAGCAUAUUACAGGUGGCGUGGCUGGAUGCGGACACGGGUCAGGAGCGGGUGCUCUGGCGCGAGAUCGACAAGCUGUCGCGCGUGGUGUUCCCGGCGCUGUUCCUGCUCUUCGUCACCAUGUACUGGCCCGUGCUGCUGCUCAAGACCAAGACCGUCUCAUAACAAUCAGUCGAGGCGUGAGAGAGUUGCUGCUUUACGUCGUGGAGUCGUUUGUCCACCGCACGACGUCAACGUCACGAGAUCGAGAUUAUUUCAGGGCCUCUAGUACGGGUUUGGCAAUUUACGUAAACGAAAAAAGUUUUGGUUUUCUUCUGUCACCUGCAUACAUUAUCUGUCAAAAGUUUCAUGAUAGUUUCCGCUAGAGGCGCCACUUUGUAUGCGAGAAAACUGAAACUUCGACAAUCUAUCAAACCUGUACUAGACCUACAGGUCGAGUUUAGUAUGAUGGUGGACACGCGGCUAAGCAAAAUAUAUGUGCCGAUACUUCAACGACGUCAUCUCGUUCUCGUGACGUUGACGGCGUGCGGUGGACAAAUGAUGGUUUGUCAAUGAAAGUUCUGGAGUUUCGAAACGGCUAGCGUUGAAAUUCAGCUUCAAAGUUAGGCGUAGCUCUGUUGUAAUGAAUCGGUUUCGCUGAAUUUUGUUGGAACAAAGCAUGUACAAAUAUACUGAACAUAUUAUAUUUUUAUUCCAAUCGUCACGAUGCGAGUGACAACCCUGUCGUUUGGCCAUAAACUCAUAAUUGAAUGGCACGCGAUGAUUCGUGCUUCGUAUUGUUUGUUGAUUUUUAGACCGAGCCGGCACUUGGCCGGUUUAUAAUAAGUUAAUCCACUAAUUAAUAGCAUAGUUAAGGAAAGUAAGUACCUACCUACUAAAGUUUGUACUUGAUAUCUUUAGUUGUUUAUAUCGUAUGGAAUGAUAUCGUGUAAGUAUAUAAAAUAUUAAUAUUAUAUAUGCGGCCAAUUAACUAAAAUAUACACAUUAAAUCAGAAAAAAGCUAUUUAACUGAAUAAGUAGUUAUGCUCAUUCAAUAACAGUUGGGUCAGAUAACCUUUCUAUGGUAUUUAUUGUUCAAAUCUACCUGAAAUAACUUUCUACUGAUGACGAUGUGGCAAAAGCAUACCAACUGAAUUGUUUGUGCCUUCAAGUAUGCUUAACAAAAUUGAAAAACAUACCUAAUAUGUAAUAAAAGCAUAGUUUCCGUAAACUCUAAGCUUCGUUAUACCUGUGGAAUAAAGAAUAAUGUAGGUAUAUAAUUUUAUUUGAAACACUGUGUUAAUAAGGUAAGUACGGUAUACUAAGAUCAGUAGAGUGUAAACUAUACCUAAACACGCAUAAUUAAUUAACUUAUAUCAAUACUUUUAUUAUGAGAAGAAAGGGACUAGAAAUAAAAUAUAUAUGCUAAUUAUAUAUUGUAAAAAUGAUUAAAAUUGAGAGAACUCUGUAAAUAAGACGUAUUGCUUUGUAGUUAAACAGAUUGUGGAGCUUUUUCUGUAAUUAAAUGUAUCUAAAUGAAAAGUUAGAAAAGCUUUGAAAUGACAAUAUGGAUGGUGCUUAAAAAUAAGAAACGUACCUUACAUGAAAAAAUAGUGAGUAUAUAAAGUGGAUUCGUUUAAAUUCUGUGAAAAUACAAGGACAUAGUAGGCUAUAUUUUUAUUUAUCUUACUUUACUUUAAUAUUUUAUAAUGUUGUUUUUUGUUUCAGUUAUAUUUAUAUAAGUUAUCAAACACACACAUGAAUAAAAUAGUGUCUAGUACUUAAUAAAAAUAGUAUGAACCCGGUUUAUCACAAAUUGCAGUUAGUAGUUUCUAUAAUAUUUACAUUAUUUUGUGUAACUAAAAAGUGAAGUAUAAUGAACCUAAAAUAAGUCUGUGUAAGAUAAACUGGUCACGUUGUGGUAGUAGAACCUUGCCGAUAUAAGCUCAAUGAGAUUUGAUGUUGAAAAUAUGUCGACGAUGAUGACCAAAGCAAGUUAACUAUGAGAAAGUAGUUACAUAUUUUGUAAUGAGGUAAGUACAUAGCUACGGUUAUAAAAUUAUUUGUUAGUAAAUAAAUAAAACAAUAAAUAUUUGCUUAUGUUAGUGAAUCUGCCAUUAUGAUUGUGAUAUUGUGAUUGUAAAGUUCAAAUGUUUAAGAAAAGUUGCUACUUUAAAUUUUAAUGUAGAUAGUACCCAACAAAAAUCAUUUUGCACAAUUAAAUAUGCUUUAAAAUAAAGUUUAGGAAUAUAAAA